GUUCUGCUUUCUUCCUGCAUUUUAUUUUCUGUGUUCUUGAAAAAAGAAAAAAAAAAAAACCAAACCUUAAAAUGGCUCAAGUUUUGUGCUCGUUGGCUAGCGAUCUGCCAUGGAAGCUUACGGAUCUGCAGAUGGUGCAUGUAUUUUGCAGCGAAGGUAGGACUUAUACGAAGCCCACCACCUUGGGCUACUAUCGUGCACCCUCGGACAGGGAGUUUCCGCUGGACAUGGUGACGGGCUUCAAGUCGUUCGUUAGAUAUGAGAACCGUUACUCUGGUAACGGGAUGCACUUGUUCAACUACAUCAUGCAGUUGGAGCGCCCGUUGAGCGUGCUGGAGCAUGUCGAUUUUUGCACCAGCAGCGGCACCUUGCUGAAGAUGAUGUGCCAGAACGACUUUACGGUGCUGGCGACUAGAUAUCGCAACACCAUUUACUUAAAGACCCUACCGUUGCCGAACUACCUAAUCAAGUCGGACUCGUCCUGUUUGUUUAAAUUGCGUCAAUAUCUGUAUGUCGAUCAACCUGGCGAUAUGCCCAACAUGAACGCUUGUGUGGAUCUCAAUAAGCAAAAUAUUGGGACCUUUACGGCCAAGUUGGGCAAAUUCCGUCUGCUGUACACGGCCGAGGUGUUCGGAGUGCAGAACACCGAGCCCUUGGGCGAUCUAGAUGACCCGGAAGUUCUGAAGCAAUGCCGUCUAUCAUCGGUGCGCUUGUAUCCCCAUCAUGCUCCGAACUGGCGUCGCAACUAUCGCAUGAAACGUUGGCUGCUCAAUGCCUAUCUGGCUGGCAUAGAGGAGAUGCAAUUCGCCCCCACCAAGAGGGGCAUGAUCCUCAAGCCGAUUACCAUCGUAAACGUGGAGUCUGCUAUUAAGGAGCAGCCGUGGAGUCUAUCCGAAUCGUUGCAGACGAUGCAUCUGCUUCUCACUGAGAUUAGCAAGGCCAUGGUCAACAUUGACUGUCCCCACACCACUUUCAUCUUCAACCUAAGGGACAACAUCGUGACCUACAGGCGCAUCUAUGGCAAGAACGAUAGCAGCUUCCUCGUUGACAGAUAUGUGAGAUUCCUUUCGGAAUUGCAAUGAACUUGGACUGCAAACGAAUGCAAAUACAUCAACAACUGAUACAUCAUACAUACUGAAACUCAUACAUAAGCUGAGUCACUCAUACACAUUUCUGUGUCAAUA